AUGCCCGGAAGACUCGAAGGAAAGAACAUCAUAAUCACUGGUGCUACUGGUGGGAUUGGCCUAGAGUCAUCAAGCUUCAUGUUUAGAGAGGGUGCCUCCGUCCUAAUGACAGACCUCAAUCAAGAACUCCUCGACAAGGCACUCAAACGAGUGAGGGACGUCGUAGCGAACGUUCCCGGACAUCUCGAGACUCUUGUCGUAGACGUUUCGAGCGAAUCCGAAGUCGACAGGCUCUGGGGCGGCCUCGAUGUCAUCUUCAGUAACGCUGGCAUCAUGCACCCUCAUGACGGCGAUGCGCACGAGUGCUCCGCCGAGAUCUGGAACAAGACGUUUGACAUCAACGUCAAGGGCGUCUGGUACGGGAGCAAGCAUGCGAUGAGGUCCUUACGGAAGCAUGGCAAGACAAAGCGCAGCGUCAUCAACACCGCUAGCAUGGUCGCCAUCGUCGGAUCAGCCACACCGCAGUUGGCGUAUACCGCGAGCAAGGGCGCGGUUAUGGCCCUCACUCGGGAGUUGGCGAUCGUUCAUGCCAGAGAAGGUGAGAAAAGCAACGUUCUCAUGGAGUCCCUUCUUAAUCCUAUGCUUCAGGACUUCCUGGGUGACGAUCAUGCCAAGCGAUUCCGGAGAGAGGUGCACUUUCCCACUGAUCGCUUCGGCGAGGCCAUUGAGCAAGCGCAAGCGGUCGUUUUCCUUGCCAGUGAAGAAAGCAGCUUUGUGAAUGCACAUGGCAUAGUUGUGGAUGGUGAAUUGAUCAAGGCCUAUGUGACGCUAGAGGGACCAGCAACCGAAGCGCCGCGUAAUCUGGGAGUCUGGUUCUUUACAUUAUCUACACCGGACAAGUAG